ACAGUGGGAGGAGAUCCGCUCAGUCUGAGGUGCGUCUCUACAAACUACACACACCACAUUUCCACCCUGAAGAAGUCUGCACGACACACAGGGAGCUGUAUCUGGAUAGAUCCUGUCUUUUUCCACAAACUGUUAUGGAUGUUUUACUGGACACCCUCAGACAGAGAGAACUCAAGUCCCUUCUGCUCCUGUAUCUCUUUGUCGGCAAUGUUGCAGCUUACUGCCCGAAACCUGAAAGUGGAGAUGGUAUCAUUCUCUCUUAUGAAGCCCUCCUAAAAAAUGAUUUCCCAGAGGGUUCCGAAGUCACACUGGAGUGUGGCAAUGGAUAUGAAAAACAAAGUGGCUCUGGGAUCAUAAACUGCAUUGAUAAGAAGUGGACUGAUCCAGAUCUCGUCUGCAAGAAGAAGGACUGUGGUCCCCCUAAAGCACAGCCACACAUGUACUUUGAUACCAGCGGGGGUACUCUGUUUGGUUCAUUAAUCAAAGUAAUGUGUGAAGAAGGUUACCAGAUUAGUGGAAUGAACUACAAAAAAUGCUAUUCACCAGGGUGGUUUGGAAAGUCAACAUGUGACAUUGUGACUUGUAAAAAACCGAUUGAAGUGGAAAAUGGAAAAAAUUCUUGGAAUGCUGACGGCAAACCAGAAUAUGGACAAAUGAUAAAUUUUACAUGUAGCGAGGGAUACGUCAUGCUUGGGAGUCGAAGCAUUUUGUGCACCAAAACCGGCGAAUAUGAUCCUCUUCCUCCACAAUGCAUCGACACAUCCACUGCCAAAGUUUUCACCGCCACACCCACUUCUCACAGAGCCAUAACUGUUACAGCCAGGGUAUCCACGAAUAUCUCAACCAAAGAACAAGAUUACAGAUUAUCAGAAAAUAAAACUGCUCCAACCAGUGUACUGUCAUCUACAGCCACUCCAUUAAAAGACCAGAAUAUUGAGAAUAUAAAUAUAAAUAAGAAUAAAGGAAAUGCAGCUGUUAUAAUCAGUGUAAUAGUUGUCACGUUAGUUGUCUGCAUAGUUGCAUUUAUUUUAAACAAGUUUCUCAUGAGAAGAAAAGGCUCAUAUGACACUGGAGAAGACCUGAAGCCGGAGUUAUUACAGUUCCAAACUCUUUAAGUGUCCUUCUUCAUUCAGCUUGGUUGGAACCAGACCCAUCUUUUAGGGCAUCUAUCACGGAUGAAGGACUGCCAGACUCUGAGUGCCUUACCAAGCCAUGGACAAAACAAGAGGCUCUAUUUUAUAACUUGUUUAUAAUAAUUUUUAUUCAGUCUGAAUAAUUGUAAAUACUUAAACGAUUUUUUUAAUACUUAUACACUACUGGUCAAAGGUUUUACAACACCUUUCUCAUUUAAUGCUUUUCUUUAUAUUUAUGACUCACUGAAGGCAUCAAUACAGUUAAUAAAAACAUAUGCAAUUAUGUAGC